AUGGCCUCAGGAGUCAGAACCCUUUCCAGUUUACACAACGGCCAACAUAAUCGUACCGCUCCCAAUGAUGACCUUGGCCACGCCCCGAAUCAAAUGUCUCUUCACUUCCUUGACCUCCCCGUCGACAUCCUCGCUCUAAUCCUCGCCCCGCUCCUCAUCCAGGACGGCCCCAUUCCCUUGUGUCCAUGCGGCUCAACAGGGAGCAGCGACAAGGACGGCAACGGCGACAACGGCAUCAGCAUCAACCCUGUACCAAUCCUGCUCAUCCACCCAGCCAUCUACGCCAUUGCCACACCGCUCUUCUACGAAGGCAAUGAGUUUGUUCUGGAUCUCAGACUGAAGCACGGCCUCCAUGCAAGGUCAUACUUGGAUGAGGAAGCCGAGGAGGACGCGCUCGACAGGAGAGAGGGGUUCAAGUACGACGACGUGAAUAUUCGUCGGAGGCGAGAGGCACUUGCGCUGGAGGGGUCACUACGAAGGAUACGGUCCCUGGAGAUUAAGAUUUUGAAGCUGAGGGGAUGGAUCGACGCGAGGAUCGUGCCGUUGGUGCGGGACAUGAUUGUCCGCGGCAACCUGGCCGAGCUGACUGUCGAGAUCUACAGCUCUGGCGGGCAUGCAGCGGGCGGCACAAGGGCACAAGCAGCUCGGGAGAGCAGCAUAUUCACACGUCCCCCGCUGGCGGGCGUCUUGUCCCUCCUCUCCGAUCCAUAUCUUCGGACCGCCCGUCUGUGGGUCUCGGCAACGGCUGGCGGCGCGUGGGAGCCGUUCCGGACGGCGACUGCGUCGGCCGACCUCGUGCAGAUUGAUUGGGCCAGCAUCGUGAAACAGCUCGACCCCGAGGGGAGACAGGUGGCUGUUUUGAGGGACGGUGGCAAGGCCAACGUAGCUCGGUGA